AUGACUCAAUAUGAAGCUGCUGAAAAAUUUCCACAUAAAGAAGAGAAAAUACCUUCUGGGACUGAAAAUAUGUGGUUUCUACCUCCUGAGGAUCCACCUCAGUUUAAGCCGGAGAAAACAAGAUGGGCGAUUCUAGCCAUGUUCAUAUUAUUAUCAGCAACGAACUCAAUGCAGUGGGUAGAAUACACAAUCAUAUCAAAUAUUGUUGUGGAAUAUUAUCAAAUACCUAGUACCCUUGUGUCAUGGACUUCCAUGGUGUAUAUGAUCACGUACGUGCCUUUAAUAUUACCGGGCAGCUAUAUCUUGGACAAAACGUUUAGUAUAAAGGUACACAUAGGAUCUUCUUCAUACCACGUCAUGGUACGUCUGUACUCUGUUCACCUGUACAAUUAUUCGAAGCCAGUUCGUAUUGCGGUCUCUGCCCCGAACCCGAUAUCAUACCACCGCCAGUACCAUCUUCACAAUAAGGACACAUUGGGUAUGGGCCCAGGACCCUUUGACCCUUGA